AAAAGCUUGCAAAAUGCAAGCUUGAUCAUCUAUAAAAUAUUUUGGUUCGUAAGGAAUGGAUCAAACCUUACAAGGGCGAGCUUUUUGGCAAAGCUGAAACAAAGAAUCUCUUUGCUCUUUCAAAGAUGGAGGCUGAAAAGAGGCCAGAAGAUGUCGUGACGGUUGAUGUUCGAGUUGCUAAAGAUCUCUUACAGAAGGGUCACCUCUAUUUGGAUGUCAGGACAGUUGAAGAGUAUAACAAAGGCCAUGUUGAGAAUGCACUGAAUGUUCCUUACAUGUUCUUCACUCCAGAAGGUCGAGUAAAGAAUCCUGACUUUCUAGCACAAGUUAUGUCUAUAUUGAAGAAGGAAGAUCAUCUAGUAGUGGCUUGCAACAGUGGUGGUAGAGGACUUCGCGCUUGCGUCGAUCUUCUUAAUGUGGGCUUCGAGCAUGUGAAUAACAUGGGAGGAGGCUACUCUGCUUGGGUUGACAGUGGAUUUGCUGGUGAUAAACCACCUGAAGAACUCAAAACAGCUUGCAAGUUCCGAGGUUGAGAGUCUUGGGAAUAGACUACCCAACUCAUCUU